AUGAAAGUAGCACUUGACACUUUUUAUAAUGUAUUAGAACCUUUGGAAGAAUAUAUUGAAAAAUCAGGGAAUUAUCCUGGAUUUAUCGCCAAAAGGCAAAUAUAUAGAAAGAGCAUUCAAGAUAGCGAAGGUUCGUUGGAAAAUGAUGAGGACUUGUUUUUAUCAGAUUUGUAUAUCUUUGCAAGAACAUUUCAUGGAAAACCUGAAUUUUUUAUGAAAGUGAUACAAGAGGAUUUUUACAAAUGGAUAAAUGCGGUGGGAAUUACUGCUGAAAAUACUUCCGAGGAAUUAAAACACUUUUUAAUUGAGAUAAACAAUGUUCUCGAAGGUAAUGAUGAAAAAAUUGUUAAGGAAACUCGCGAGAAAAUUAAAAAUAUAGAGGUUGACCCAAAAGAAACGGUUGGAAUAUUUGCUGGACUCCAAAAUCCUUUAAAUAAAAAUAGACAGCAAAGGAAAGAACUAGAAG